UCACGCCCCGUCCGUUGCGUAUUUUAAGUGUAUUCCGCACCGCCAUGUUGUUUCGUUACGUUACCUGCAGGAAGUAGUCAGGAGCUAAGCGGUUUAUGGAAGGGGCAGUAUUAUAAUGGAAAGGACUGUCUGACCACCGCGAAACUUACAUUUGGAAGUGAGGCUGCGACCAGAGACCAUGUUGGCUCGUCUGUUCAGGCUCCAUGGCCUACUCGUGGCCUCCCACCCGUGGGAGGUAAUAGUGGGCACCCUCGUUCUCAACGUCUGCCUCAUGUCUAUGAACAACCUGGCAGCCAGCAGCCAGAUUUGCAGCUGGAAUGAGUGUCCCAAGGUCAAAGAGAAGAUCCACAGCAGUGACAUAAUCAUCCUAACAGUCACACGCUGCAUGGCCAUCAUUUACAUCUAUUUCCAGUUUAAGAGUCUGCGACAACUGGGAUCCAAAUAUAUACUGGGUAUUGCAGGCUUAUUCACAGUGUUUUCCAGCUUUGUUUUUAGUACAGUGGUCAUCCACUUCUUUGGGAAAGAGCUGACAGGUCUUAAUGAAGCCCUGCCGUUCUUUCUCCUGCUCAUUGACCUGUCCAAAGCUUGUGCAUUGGCCAAAUUUGCCCUCAGCUCAAACUCUCAGGAGGAGGUGAGGGAGAACAUAUCCCAAGGCAUGGCUAUCCUAGGCCCCAGCUUCACACUGGAUGCUCUGGUUGAGUGUCUGGUCAUUGGGGUUGGCACCAUGUCAGGUGUGCCUCAAUUAGAGAUCAUGUGUUGUUUUGGCUGCAUGUCUGUUCUGGCCAAUUACUUUGUCUUCAUGACCUUCUUCCCGGCCUGUGUCUCCCUGGUCCUGGAGCUGUCCAGGGAAAGUCGUGAAGGCCGUCCAAUCUGGCAACUGAGCCACUUUGCCCGUGUGCUGGCUGAAGAAGAGGACAACAAACCAAAUCCUGUGACCCAGAGGGUUAAAAUCAUCAUGUCCCUGGGCCUUGCCUUGGUUCAUGCUCACUCUCGAUUGGCAGCUGAGCAUCCAGGUUCAAAUCGCACGGUGGAGGGGCCCAUAGCUAAAAGACUUGAAUCUGAUGGUACCAUGUUGCCUCUGAAGCUCUCCAGUAUGGACCUGGAACAGGUGAUAACUCUUGGUCUUGCCCUGCUCCUGGCUGUGAAGUACGUCUUCUUUGAGCAAACGGAGACAGAGUCUUCCCUGUCCCUGAGGAGUCACAUUAUCAGCUCUGCUCCGAAUCAGAAGUCCAGGGGGAUGGGGGACUGCUGCAGGAGGGACUUUCUGGCCCUGAAACCCCAGAAGACCAUGAACGGUAUCUUAGCAACCAACCCUACCACCCCAGCUGUCUCAGAGUCUAAACUUUCCCAUGAGGCUGACAUGGCGUUCAGAGUGAAUGCAGAGGCGAUUCAGCCUCCAGCAGCCUCGGUGGAGAACUGUGUUUCAUGUUUUGAGGAGUCUCCUGCUCCGACACCUUGUGUUCCUCAAAGCAGCUGUAAUUCAGAGCCCCGGACCCUGGAGGAAUGUGUGGCCAUCCUCUCAGAUCCUCAGAGAGGUGCCCAUUGUCUUAGUGAUAAAGAGGUGAUGAAUCUGGUAACCUCACGUAACAUCCAGAACUACAAACUGGAAGUCGUCCUUGAGACUCCAGAGAGGGGUGUGGCCAUCCGGAGGGAAAUGCUGUCACCCAAACUGCCUGUUAGCUCUGCCUUGGCUUGUCUGCCUUAUAAGGACUACGACUAUUCUAAGGUCAUGGGAGCUUGCUGUGAGAAUGUCAUUGGCUACAUGCCAGUGCCAGUGGGAGUGGCUGGUCCUCUUCUGUUGGAUGACAAGCAGUUUUACAUUCCUAUGGCGACCACAGAGGGCUGCCUGGUAGCCAGCACUAACAGAGGAUGCAGGGCGCUUUCUCUGAGCAAGGGUUGUCGUAGCAGGAUCCUCGCUGACAGUAUGACCAGGGGUCCUGUGGUGAGGCUGCCCUCAGCGUGCCGUGCUGCAGAGGUCAAAGGCUGGCUCGAGACCUCUGACGGAUUCGGCACGAUCAAAGAGGCUUUCGACCAGACCAGCAGGUUUGCUCGUCUGGAGAAGCUGUUUGUGACCUUAGCUGGGAAGAACUUGUACAUUCGCUUCCAGUCUCAGACAGGAGAUGCUAUGGGCAUGAACAUGCUUUCCAAGGGGACCGAGAAGGCUCUUCACAGACUCCAGCAGCAGUAUCCAGACGUGGAUGUGCUGUCCGUCAGUGGGAACUACUGCACAGACAAGAAGUCUGCUGCCAUAAACUGGAUCAUGGGCCGGGGAAAGUCUGUUGUGUGUGAGGCCACCAUCCCUGCCAAUGUGGUCAGGGAGGUGUUGAAAAGCAGUACAGCCGCUCUGGUGGAGCUGAACAUCAACAAGAACUUAGUGGGCUCGGCCAUGGCUGGCAGUGUCGGGGGCUUUAAUGCUCAUGCUGCCAACAUUGUAGCAGCCCUCUACAUCGCCUGUGGACAGGACCCGGCUCAGACAGUGGGGAGCUCCAACUGCAUCACUCAGAUGGAGGCUGCUGGUCCAGAAAAAGAGGACCUGUACAUCAGCUGCACAAUGCCCUCCAUAGAGCUGGGCACUGUGGGAGGAGGCACCAACCUGCCGCCGCAGCAGGCCUGUCUUCAGAUGCUUGGUGUCAAAGGAACCAGUUCCAACGAGCCAGGUGACAACGCCCGCCAGCUGGCCCGCGUGGUUUGUGCCACCGUGCUGGCAGGAGAGCUCUCCCUGAUGGCUGCUCUAGCUGCUGGACACCUCGUCAAGAGCCACAUGACCCACAACAGAUCUAAACCAGACCUGUCAGAAAAACCUGCAUCAAAGUCUGGAUACAGCUGUGUGACAUCAAAUGUUGACGGUCCAUCCUCAGAGUCAGCCAGACCAAACGAGCUCUCCAGCUAACGUAAGAAAACUGAGAGGAUUGAAUCUUCUCCAGAUGACGUGGUUUUGAAGGGAGUUCUGUGGUUUGUGGACAUCCAGACAUUAAAGAGUAACCGGCUGUUAACCAGAGCCAACACAUGCUGAAGAGCACAGCCGAUGUGUGCUUGCUUUGUGUAUCGCCUGAAAGAUUGCAUGACAUUUUGGGUUGAAAUGUGAUGACGGGGUUACUUAUUCGUGCCAUUUGUCUGCAACUGAACACUGACAGUAGUGUUUUGGAUUGCCUUCACUGUUGUUGCAACUGAUCUUUAAGACUAUUCUGAAUUAUUGAUGGGGUUUGGGUUUGUAACAUCCACCAUGCUGCACAAAGUCUUGAACAAGUAUUCUGUGCCUCUUAAGAGUGGUUAGGCCAACAGCAAAUUGAUUUUCCCAUCAUUCGAUGGAAAGACAAAACAUCCACAUUAAUGCUUGUAUGGUUUUCCAUGUAAACUGCAUGAAGUGAGAUACUCAGACAGCUGUAACAUCUGUUUUUCUCUUUGCACUUGCCAAACGCUUGCUUGGGACAGCAAUGCUGUAAUGUGAAAUUUAAUGCUGUAGGUGACAUUUGCUCAAGUUUAAAAUGCCAACUUUCUGCCUGAAUGUAUGUUGUACUCAAAUCAGUGUUGGAGGAUAUUACUUGCACACGCCUUCCUGAAUGAAGAUGCUACUGUAUACUGUGUAUACUGUAGAAUGACUGUGGCUGCUGAUUCCGGGAAAGAAAAAUGCCGGCCUGAGUGACUUGUUUAGACUCUGAACCGCAACUAAGACACAUUAAAGCCAUAUUAACUCAUUUAAUAAACCUUUAUGGUACACUGUAUGUGCGGAAUGAUUGGAGGAUUGAUUGGCAUGAUUGAAGCAAUGGAUGAGUUUUAAGGAAUCACUGGCUAUGGGUACUCCAGGGCCUUGUAUUGAAAGUAAUGAAGCUCAGAAGUGGCCUUACAUUAUUUAUUUAUGUAUGUAUGUCAUGGAGAUGUUGAGCCAUAGCAUGCUCUAGAUAAAAUUUUAAGCUAUUUCAAGAUUGUAUUUUAAAAAAAUAAACAACACUACACACUC